AUAUGGGACCCAUAAAAGGGAAAAUACAGAAGGAUAGCCCUAAUGUUAUCUCUUCAUACACAAACUUUUUCUAUGUUGAUAUUAUAUUCUUCUGGAGUAAAUGCCUUUUGCUUUCAUUUACUACUCUUUAAAAACAUCUCCUGCUAAAUAUAGAAGGAAUAAGAUCCUGUUUAUUUGCCAAAUUUGUUGGAGAGGUUAUAAAGAUAAGAGAUGGAGCAACAGUGUAACAACCCAAGUUCCUCAUCAUCUAAAGCUGACAGAAAGACUAUUGAGAAAAACAGAAGAAACCAAAUGAAAGCUCUCUACUUGAAGCUCCAUUCUCUUGUCCCUAAUCAGCAGCAUUCUAGGGAAGUUUUGUCACUGCCAGAUCAACUGGAAGAGGCAAUCAACUAUAUAAAAAGACUGCAGAUAGAUUUGGAGAGAAUGACACAGAAAAAAGAUAGCUUAAAAAGAGGUGAAAAUUCAAGUUCUAAUUCAAGCUGUGGGAGAAAGACAGGGCUGUCAUUGCCACAUAUAGAAAUCCACAGUGUGGAUUCAGCUCUACAGGUGGUUCUAACUACUGGUUUGGAUUAUCAGUUCAUCUUCACUGAUGUUAUCCGUCUGCUUCAUGAAGAAGGCGUACAAGUUAUAAAUGCCAGUUAUACUCUCAUUUGUGACACCAUCGUCCAUUCCAUUCAUUCUAAGAUGGGAGAGUGUGCACCAGAUCAAUACGGAGCUGCAAGAAUCUCAGAAAGGUUAAAGAAGUUUGUGGGAGGGUGCUAGCUAGCUUAAUGACAACUAAUGUUUCCUUCUCAUUGAGUAGCUUGCUUCUUUUUAGACACUUAAUAUCCGAAACUCAUUGGCUCUUGAUUAGUUCAGAUUUACUCAUGUCAAGUAGUCCCAUUUAAAGCACUCCCUACCAAAAGGUUUUCAUUUUCAUAACUUGUAGCUGAUGCCACUGGUUAAGGAUGAACGGGUUUUAACUAUUCCACUACACCCUAUGAUUGUGAUUGAGUAGCUUGCUUUCUUCGCUCUGAAUUUAAUAUAUAUAUUUCAAGAAUUUGUA